UAAAUGAGCACUCCUGGAAAAAGGCCAGGUACGAGAAGGAAUCGAAAAAUCACUUCAUGUAGAGAAUGCCAUCGUCUGAAAUUAAAGUGUGAUCGUGUUUGGCCUUGUUCCAAUUGUCGAAAACGAGGAAUUGCCCAUUUAUGCCCAGAUGGAAUUGUCAUUUCUUUGAGUGAUAAAUUGAUCAAGCUAUUGUUAGUUAGAAUUUCCAAGCUACACAAAGCUGUCAAGUCCUACGAUGAAAAACAUGAUUCCCUGUUCGUAGCUGAAAAGGAUCAAGAAGUAAUUCAGUCUUUAUUUGAUAAAUACUUGGAUCCGGCUGAGCAGCCUCCACCAUCAUCAUCGUCAUCUGCGCAGACUCAAUCAUCAGCAUCCCAGAACCAGUCCAUGGUGACAGAAAACAAUGACACCAUUCUAGAAUCUUCACCGUCUGAGGAAAAAAAGCUUGCAGACGUUUCGCAAAUGCUUGGCCGUCUCAAAGUAAGUUCUCACGGCCAUUUCAAUUAUUAUGGUGCCUCUUCCAGUCGAUCUUGCAUCCCUCAAGCGGACCCAAAUUUGGAAGAAGACGAAUUUUUUACCCUUCAAAGGUCUUUGUUAUACCCUUCUUCCUCUUCUUCUUCCCUUCUCCAUUGGAGCCAUCGCGUUCCCGACGUAUUAAAUCCAACCAAUUUAUGCGACAUGCUCCCAGUCCCCCAAUUUGCUGUCCGUCUUUUAGACCUCUAUUUUGACAAUGUAGGAUGGAGCUGCCAUGUCAUACAUCGCCCUUCCUUUGAAAAGGCUCGUCUCAUUCUAUACGCUCAGGAUCCCUCUCGGUCUCCGCCCCAACCUCGUUUCCUUGCCCUUACCUAUAUGAUUUUUUGUCUCGGUACGCUUUUUGCUUCUCCGGCGCUGGUUCGAAACAAAAAAUCGCUAGCGCAUGAGUUUUACCUUCGUGCUCAACUCUGCUUUGAUAUCUCGUACUCUUCCUUCGUCCCUUCUGUCGAUGCUGUCGUUGUUCUCAUCCUCAUGUGCCAGUACUCAUACUUCUGUGAUUGUCUUGAACGUACAAACUUUUCCUGGAACUGUAUUGGAACGGCCGCACGUAUUGCUGUUGCCAUGGGAAUGCACCGUGACGGAGAGGUAUUUGAACUUUCCGCGUUCCAAUUGCAUAUGCGUCGAAUGAUUUGGGCAGAGCUCUUGUUCUUGGACCGAAUGCUUUCGAUGAGUUUAGGAAGACCAUAUGCGAUUAGUAACGAUCAAACCAACGUUUUGCCUCCUUCCAAUAUUGCAGAUGCUAGCAUCAAACCUGAUAGUCCAGUCAUCCCAGAACCGUCUCCUUUACGAACCGAAGCUAGUUUUACUAUUGUCAAAGCUAAAGUAUCUAAGUUUUUGGCGAAUGUCUUAAAUCGGGCCUUCAAAUUCACUCCUCCUAGUUACUCGGAAGUACAGACUUUAACUAAAGAAUUACUGGAUUUGGAAAAUGAGCUACCAGAAUAUUUUCAAGUUACCGAAGAUACAAAGAACGCUUCUCCAAUCGUUAUCAUGGAACAGUAUUCUAUCAAAUUUAUCAUCCUUCAGUCCCUACUGUACUUGCAUCGCCCUUGGUUUGUACGUGCCAUUACGCGUACCGAAGAAAGGAAUCAGUACGCCAAGUCUUUGUCUCUUUGCACUUCUGUCUCCCAUGAUCUCAUCCAAAUCCUUUAUUCAUUGAUGUGCUUAGUUCCCAUCGAGCCUCUUCGUUGGUGGGUAUUUCGAUUUCAUUCUUUGAACGCAGGCAUUAUCCAAGGAGCUUAUGCUUUAAGCUUUCCAAGAACAAAAUAUGCAAUGACAGCCUAUAAUGAUUUACGUUAUAUGUGUAAGAUAUUUGAGCACCUCAGAGACGGGUCCUCUUUUUCCAAUAAAGAUUUUUCGUUCUUAACUAGCUUGAAAGCGAAGGUAUCUGAACGUUUUCAAUUGACUAGUCAGGGAAUUGACGAUGAAUAUCUUGUAGAAGAAAUUCCCUUUCUUCAGUUUAAUGUUCCGUCGUCUAGAUCAAACAGUCGAUCUCCGGACGACGCUACCGAAAAAGCUGAACAGGCAAGGCAAUUGAAUGGACUUGGGAUUUCACUGGACCAAACUACGAUGACUCAAUCCGAAUAUUUACCAUACUACGAACAAGAAAACCCCCUUUUGUUUGAUUCUCUGUCUUGGCAUGCUCCAAAGAAUGAAUCUGAGCUAUACGGUCCCCCAGAAACCGGAUUUUUGGAUGCUAGCAACUGGAUGACUGCAGAGGAUGAAAAGCCUCUCAUUCCCAGCCUUGCUAUGAGUUUGGAGCAGUUUUUCUGGGAAACGGAUACGAAAGCAAACAUGGAAAACCUCUUUUAUCAACAUGUUAGUUGAAGAAUAAUCUUACUUUUUCUAUCCCUUGCUUUCUGAUGUCUAUGAACAAGAUUACCAAGAGAAGUUAGUGUAUUAUCGACGCCUUUUACAUUUUUUGUUUUUUUUUUAUUUUGGUUAUGAUUCAACGUUUUUUCUUUUCUCUGUUUUUAUUUCUUUUUUUUAUGGAUUUCUGUGUUACUUUAAUUUAAAGUCGUUGGAUUUUACCAAUUAUAUCAAGCCCCGGCGCUUUUGUUAUUUAAGUGAUUGUAUUUUUUACAAAACAAAAAAGUCUUUUAUGUAUAUUCAGAAUAUAAUUAUUCUCUAAAAGUUCAUGGUUUGAGCCUUUCUCAUUCAUCUGACAAAAAUUUCCAAAACUGAUAUUGUUUGUUUGGAGUCCUUUUUUGUAUUUAAUUCGUUAUUCAAAAUUUUGCUUUGAGAUAGUUAGUGAAAUAUUUCUUAAUUUUCAGUUUUAGUUAACAUUUAGGAAAAAUCUAUUUUGUAUAAUACAAUAUGCUAAAGCGUUUUAGUUGGUAAGUAUCUAUGAAAUGCUGCAAAAAUAAAACUCUACCAACUUAAAGCAUUACGUUUGCUGGAAUUGUUAACUAGAACUGAAUGGCUUGAUAUGCACCGGCUUUAGAAGUAAAUAAAUUCAUUUGAACAAGACAAGUCAACAUGCCAACACCAGCCUUUGCUCCUUCAACGACGGGAAUAUCAGGGCCCACUGCUUGUUGAACAACAUCUAACAUAUGAGCCAUUCCAGCACAUCCGAGACAGAUAACGUCUGCACCCAUUUCUUGGGUUGCUUUGCGAGAACUCUGCUGUACAAGAGCAUCUACUUCAGUAUGCGGCUUCGAUUCAAGUUCCAAGGGAGUCAAACCCGUGGACACAACUCCACCGAAAACGCUGUCAGAAAUACCCAUGGCCCGAACACCGGCCGUUAAUAAUGGUCCAUAACGGUUUGUUGUUGUAACAAUCGCUACUUUACGACCCACCGACAAAGCCAUGAAAAUCGAGGCUUGCAUAAUGCCAAGACAAGGUUUUCUAUAAGCUUCACGCAAGGCAGAAACCAGAGGGUGAUCCGAAUAGCAAGCGAUUAGGAAGGCAUCGCAUUGAGGAGGAUGACACUUGAGAUAUUUCAUAACAACCGAUGUCGAGAUAAUUCCAUCGUACAUGGAUUCAAUAGCAGCGGGUCCUUCUGGAGGAC